AACGGGACCUUCUGAGUGGACACGUGAUAUUCUAGUGAUCUUUCACCGACUUCCAUCAGCUGCAAACAGGACUGUUUUUGGUACAGCAUCAGAGCACUACAGACCAUGUUCUCACGAGGAAUCACCAAGUUUAGUUCAUGCGCACGGCCGCUAUUGACUCGCAAGUCUAUCGCCCGUUCGGUUACCUACCGUGGGUUUGCUAGCGAGGCUGCUCCAGGAAUUGGCUUCGGUUUGACGGACGAGCAAAAGGAAUUGCAGGAGCUGGCUCGCAAGUUCACGGCGAAUGAAAUCAUUCCAAAUGCGGCUCACCACGACCGUACCGGCGAGUAUCCCACUGAGAUCUUGAAGAAGGCGUGGGAGGUUGGUUUGCUCAACUUGCACGUUCCCGCUGAGAACGGUGGUCUGGGUCUGGGUGUGCUGGACUGUGCUAUUGUGUCCGAAGAGUUGGCCUAUGGUUGCACUGGGAUUCAGACGGCUGCCGAGGCCAACGGACUGGCAGAAGCGCCUGUCAUUAUUGCUGGCAAUGCUGCACAGAAGCAGAAGUACCUUGGUCGUAUGACUGAAGAGCCCUUGAUGUGCGCCUAUUGCGUAACUGAGCCAGGAGCGGGUUCAGACGUUGCCGGGCUUCAGACCCGUGCGGUCAAGAAAGGUGACAAGUGGGUGAUCAAUGGCAGCAAGAUGUGGAUCACCAAUGGUGGAAAGGCGAACUGGUACUUUGUCCUUGCCCGAACCGAUGACAAGGCCUCCACUGGAAAAGCAUUCACUGGCUUUAUAGUUGAUGCUGAUACUCCUGGUAUUACUGUUGGGAAGAAGGAAAUCAACAUGGGCCAACGUGCGUCGGACACUCGUGGUAUCACCUUUGAGGAGGUUGUCGUCCCAGAAGAGAACGUCCUUGGUGAGGUUGGCGCUGGGUUCAAAAUUGCAAUGGGUGCGUUUGACAUUACGAGGCCACUCGUGGCCGCCGCGGCCGUUGGCUUGGCGCGCCGGGCUAUGGACGAAGCGGCGAAGUACUCUCUUGAACGUAAGACCAUGGGACAGCCUAUUGCUAAUCACCAGGCUGUUGCGUUCAUGUUGGCGGACAUGGCGAUUGGUACCGAUGCUGCCCGAAACCUGGUGUGGAAGGCUGCAUGGCUUCGCGAUCAAGGAAAACGAAACACCUACUACGCAUCAAUGGCGAAAGCCUUUGCGUCUGAAAUUGCAAACAAAAAUGCAGCUGAUGCAGUUCAGAUCUUUGGUGGAAAUGGUUUCAACUCUGAAUAUCCAGUGGAGAAGUUGAUGCGAGAUGCCAAGAUUUUCAUGAUUUAUGAAGGAACUUCCCAGGUUCAGAGACUGGUCAUUUCCCGAGGAGUCCUGGACAUGGCGAAGGCUGGGUAUGUGUACUAAGCAGAGAAUGGCAGGAUAGCUUAAAAUUGUUAUUAUAUGUAAUGAAUAGAUGCCUCUUUCUCUAACGUCGA